AUGGGGACUAUCAACAUGCUGUGUGCCAUUCUUAACAUGGCGCGUUGGUCCUGCUUAGCAUUAGACCGCCACAACUUUGGGGUGUCUGACGUUGGGGUGCCGCGAUGCACGUGCGCAGCUGCUUCAUUGACUACCACCACGAGCACGACUGCACCGACUUGGGACUGGCCUAAAAAUGCAGAUUGUUUACCGGGCGACUGGUCUGAGUGUCUCCAGGGACCAACUCCGGUGCGGAGGCGCCGGCGGCCUCAGUUGUUGCCUUCCAGGGGCAAUGGAGCCCCGUGUAUACUAGAGGAGACCGUGCCUUGCGUGUUUGACACGUCUAUUCCUUGCGAUUCACUGUGUCGUCACUCCGAAUGGACUGAGUGGUCCAGCUGCUCGGAGAAGCUCCUCGAGUUCGGCUUCUCUCCCGUCACAACGUCCUAUAGGGAGAAGCUAGUAUCUGCAGAAGCAGGGGAGGCUUGCUCAGCGCUCGAUUUGAAGGAAUACGAUGCUUCGCGGUGCAACGGGCAAGGAGACAAUGACUCGAAAACGCAACUGCAGCCUAGCGCUCUGCAGAUGAGCAGCACCAAAGAUGCCGUGGUUCAAAGUGAGAAGUGGUGCCUGUUAAAUGGCCAGAGUGCCAAACGAUACAAAUUAAGCAUAAGGCAGAACUCGAGUGCAGAAGAUGCGCCUGUGUACCAUAGCACACAAAUUGAAGAUUGCCCAAACUCUCUGGGGCCUUGCAGAAACGACCGAGAACCUAGUUGCGACGACCUCGUGCCUGUACAUGACAUUUUGGAAGAGAGGCAAUUCUGCAAGGAGCAAUGCCAAAAGAUUAUUGAUUUAUGCUCAAAAGAAGCCAUGCUCAAAGGGAAAACGCCUCUUCAGUGUUUUGCUGACUACGUUACUGAGAACCAACCAGUUGGUGGCAAAUGCACGUACACGCAAAAGCUUGUCAAAGAAACAACGACUCCAACUUGUUUCCCAAGUUUUUCUCGGAUGAAUGAUGACGAGACUUCACAGUUCCGGUUUCUAGACCCAAACAGCCCCUCCCCGCAGUGCUUGUGCCUCACUCCGGAUUCCGUCCCGUGCACUGCCACAGAGGUUUUCGAGUCGCGUCACAUUUCCCUGGCUGCAGUGCCAUCUUGUCCUCACCAGAACACGGCCGGAGCAUUGUUUGGCGACGGCACACCUGGAACCGCUGAUUCAAAGCUGUUCUUUGCUGCAGCAGACUCAGCCAAGAUAUUUUGUCCCCUUAGCAACAGCAAGAACUUUCAGCAGCAAGAAGAUGCUGCCACAUAUACCGUCUUUCAAACUGCAGCAGAGAUGAAUGAGUACUGCGCGAAUGGGCUCGAGGAACAGCAUGAUCUAUCUGCGAGCACGCCAUUACCCAGAAUUGACAGUGUAAGCGCUGAGGAGUGCGAGAGCAAGUGCCGUGAGAUUAAGGAGGACUGCGCAGACAGUACUUUUGACUACUUGUCAUGCAUCGCUACGAGGCGCGAGACCACGGGUUUCAAUGCGCAGUGCUCCAGUGGAGACAAAGGCGAUGAGGGAGGGACUGUGCAGACAGAGCCCUGUAGUUUCCAAGAGAUCUGCGCUGUAAUUCCACUGAGCGACUUUGGGCUUUUCGAUUGCGAGACGCGUACGUUUAAGGAGAGCGUCGUUGACUUCAACGAUCUUACUGCAGAGGACCAGUGCUCGACAGAUCAGUUUUCCUCGGUUUUCUGCGUGGUGGCAGAUGACGUUGAAACGGAGCGGCGUCAUAUGAUGAUUACGAUGUUAAUUAUGCUGCUUGGUGGGACAUUUCUUGGCAUCGCCUUCGUGCUUUGGUUCAUCCAGCACAGCGUCGACGUGCAAAAGGUACUGGGUCUACGGGGUCGAUAUGUCGAGCUGGUGAACAUGGUCAAGGAGUAG